AUGCCCUGCAAAACUGCGCAUUUCACUUGCUGUGAAUACAGCCUCAAGCCUGUCCGUCGUGCGGAAGUCCGGAGCAUUCUGGGACGUCGCCCUGCUCGCUUGGCUCCUGAACUUAUCGUUUCUCAUAUCCAAGACGCUGUGUUCGAUCAACAGCACAUCCGCGCGAAUCAAGCAAUCAUCAACUCCCUUAUGUAUCGUCGGGACACCAACAUGCACCGCGCUGCCCAAGCACUCUUCGAUCUCGCCGCUAUCGAAGGCAAGGAGAGCUUGGUCGGUACUAUUUUUCAAAUGCAGGACGACUUCGACCAUUAUUUCCCUUUCAUCAUGUCCUUCCUCGGUGACCUCAGUGCCCCUGUCGACGAUUCCGAAGAUGAAGAUGCCACCAAGAACUCUCGUGACAAUCUGGCAGAGAUGGCCGUUCCGUUUGUUUUCUUCUGA